GCGGCGCGGGGCGAGGCGGGCGGCGGGCGCAGCAUGGCGCGGCGGCACUGAGCCCGGCGGCGGCCUCCCGGCCCGGCCUUUGUCUCUCCGGUGUCCCCGGAGCCCCGCGCGGGGAAGGGGGGGCUGGGGGCUCGAGCCCCCGCCCCGUCCCGCUCCCUUCCCGUCCCUCGCCGUCCCUCGCCUAGCGGGGCUCGGUACCGGGCGUCGUCGUCUGGAGGAACUUAGCCAAAGUUCGGCGAGGAAGGGGAAGGGUUCCCGGUGCCCGGGAGCACCGGGUGGCGGCGGGAGGAGCACCGGGAUGCGGCUGCCCCGGUGCCGCCGAGCCGCGCCCGUUCCCGACUUGCCCCGUUAACGGUGCCCCCGGGGCUGCGGGCGAUGGUGAGAGCCGCCCGCCGCCGGCCUCACGGCUCCACCGGCCGCCGCCCCGCCGCCCCCUGAAGCGGCCGGAGCCGCCGCCGCCGCUGGCCGGGACGAUGCCGCGCUGGGAGGCGGCCGCACUGCUCGCCGCGCUCGUCGGGGUCUGCGUCUGGACCGACGAGACCGGGAAAGUUAUCUCGGACCGGUACGCCGUCUAUUGGAACCGGAGCAACCCCAGGUUUCACCGUGGGGACUACACAGUGGAGGUGAGCAUCAACGAUUACCUGGACAUCUACUGCCCGCACUAUGAGGAGCCGCUGCCCGAGCGGAUGGAGCGUUACAUCCUCUACAUGGUCAACUACGAGGGGCACGCGUCCUGUGACCACCGGCAGAGAGGCUUCAAACGCUGGGAGUGCAACCGGCCUGACUCCCCCAAUGGGCCCCUCAAGUUUUCUGAGAAGUUCCAGCUCUUCACCCCUUUUUCGCUGGGCUUUGAGUUCCGACCCGGCCACGAGUACUACUACAUCUCUGCGUCCCCCCCGAACAAGGUGGACAGGCUCUGCCUGAAGCUGAAGGUUUAUGUUCGACCAACAAAUGAUUCCCUCUACGAGUCCCCGGAGCCCAUUUUCACCAGCAACAACUCCUGCUGCAGCCUCAGGGUCCCGCACGCCGUGCUCGUGGUGGUGCCGGUCGUCUGGACAUUCCUGGCCUCGUAGCACCGACGCCGAGGUGCUGGCCCGCAGCUCCGUGGCGAAGGAGCAGCGUGAGGACGGAUCCUGGCCCCCAAAUCACCUUCAGGCCACAGGAUGGUGCGUGGGGAGGAUGCCAACGUGGAAGAUUGGUGCUGCCGGUGAGAAGCUUGCCCGGAUCCUGUCACCACGUGACGUCCUCGUCCUCGCAUGGCCACCAGCGCCAAGGCAUCACGCCAGGAUCAGUAAAGGGUUACAUCGUGGGACGGAUCCUGCCCGCACACCCCGAAAGCUCCUGUCCCCACGCUGCAGCUCACUCGGUGCCAACCCUCCCUUGUUGGCUUUCGCUUUUUACAUUUCGAGACCAAAUAUCGAGUCCUCGUUUGGUUGUUGGUGGUUUUUUUUUUUUAAAGAAAAAAAAAGGUUUUUAUUUUUAUUUGCCGGGUUCUUUCAGCCUGGGCGCUCCCCGUGUCAGACUGACCCACACGGGGCCCUGCUCAGCACCGUCCCGCUGAGCCCCUCGCCAGGGCAACUGCACCUCCCUGCCUUCACGGAGCCGGAUGCCGGCAAUGGUGCCGAUGGCUCCAGCGUCACAGACUCCUUCCCAGCCCGGCCAUCGCUCUGGCAGGAGGACGUGGUGGUGCCGGCCCUGUUGCACUGCUCCUGCCACACCCCUGCCACGCUGGCACAGGGACGGGGGGCCUGGAUGGACACGAGCCCCCACUGAGUGCCCGGUGGGGUGACCCCAGCCCCACCACUCGUGCCAUGGAUGUCACCGCUGUCCCCAGGGCAUCCCGGGGCGGCUCUGCGGGCAGCGAAGCAAACUGGAUACACCCCAGGGAGGAAGCACCGGGGAUGCCCGGCUGGCACCAGAAGCGCCAGGGGUGCUCAGUUGGCACCAGGAACACCAGGGAUCCUUGGCUCACUGGCACCCGGAGCGCCAAGGAUGCCUGGCCGGCACAUGGAACACCAGGAAUGCUUGGCUGGCACAUGGAGCACCGCCGGGUGCUGGGAGCCGGCGGGCCGGGCUCGCCCAGCAGCUGGGAUCGCUCCGAGGGCAUUUGGCUGGAGCCUCAGCCUUGGCAGGGCUGAUUUUGCCAGCGCAGGAGCAGCGCGUUGCCGGUGCUGCCUGCGGGGCUGGUUUUCCUCCUCCACAGCCUUUUGCUCUGCACUGCGCCCCUCCUGCUCACCUUGGGGUGCCAGGGGGACUGGUGGCUGCAGGUGCUCCCUACCUACCCUGGCAUUCCCAGGGCUCCGGGGCUGGGCUUGGAGAUGUUUUUCCUUUUCCUUCUUUGCAUUAAGAAGAACCAACCCCCAACCCCUCAAUCUGAGGUUGUCCCCCAAGGAGGGGUCCCCCCAACAGCCUGCCCCCUCCUCGCCUUAAAUCUGGAGUUGUCCCACCUUGAGGGGGUCCCAUGCCCGUCCCGCAGAGCCCCCUCGCCCCGGUGCUCCCAGGGGAUGAUGGUGAUGGCGAAGCCCCUUGCGCGGGUGCCUUUUCCAAGCGCACCCCAAACCCUUGUGGCAUUGGUGGGGCCGAGGGGGCUCCAUCCCUGUACAUAGAACGCUAUACUGUGAGCGGUUUUUUUUUAUGUAUUGUUGAGAAUGAAUUUUAUGGAAGGGUUUUAUUUGGUUUUGAUUUUUAUUUUUUAGACUAGGAAGCUGAAAUCUCGCAAUAAAGCUCAUCUCGACCAUCCAAAAAUUACAAAAAAAAAAAAAAAAACCCAAUAAAAAAUUGCAUUCCCUGCCGUCCCCGUUGUGUCCAGACCAGGUUGUGGUUCUCAAAGGUGAACGAAAGCAUCGUGUUUAUCCAGGGGAUGAGGGAGGGCACCCAUCCAGCCGGGUGCUGAGCACCCAUCAGGCUCUGGCAGCACCCACUCCCCUCACUGCCACCGCGGUGCCGGCUCCUGGGGGAGCGGCCACAGCGGCAAAACCUGGCCUUGGGUCUGUGUUUUAUAUAUAUAUAGAUUAUAUCUAUAAAUAUCUAUAUUGUGUACAGCGACUGUGGGAGAGCGGAGGAGCGAAGGCGGCAGCCGGGAGGGUGCUGAGCGCUGGGGAGGGAGCUCGGCUGUGUCCCUCAGAUCCCGGGCGCUGGUUCUGAGCGCCGGUCUCCGUCCCGCCUCGCUCCGUCCGUAGACACGCCGCUUUGGUCCUCGACGUCGUGCUGAUGGUAACCGGCUCCCCGCCCCAAUGGGAUUCUGUAUUUUUUUAUAAUAAAAUACAAAUAAAUGUCAUGUCAGGCGCUUGCUUUUGAGAAAUGAGUUUGCCUCCCGACGCCGCGGUGCUGCCGGCUCAGCCGUGCCAUGUCCCUGGAGUGGUUUGGCCUGGCACCAGGAGCUCCGGGCAUGGCAAGGUGGGGUUGUGUUGUCACCAGGGUCCAACACUGGCACUGGGAUCCAGUGCCAGAACUGCGGUCUAACACCCACGCUGGUAUCCAGCACCAGGAUCGAACACUGGCACCAGGGACCAACACCAGCACAGGUCCAGUGCCAGCACCGGAGGUCCAACACCAGCACCAGGGUCUAACGCUGGUGCCAGGAGUUCAGUGCCUGCCCCGGCGUGCAACGCCAGCACUGGGGAACCAACGCUGGCACCAGGGGUCCCUGCUGGGCUCCAGCCCCUCUCCCCGUGCAUCCCUCUCCCUGGUGCAACAGGGCUGCGUCGCCAGACCGC